AUGAACGGAGCCAAGUUCUUUCGUCCGUGGGAGAACCACCACCCGCAACACUCGAUCUCGUCUCCCGACUCGCCGCCCGACUCGCCCGAAUCUGGCGGUUCGGUGACAAAAAGACGGAAAUGCGAGAGAUGCACAUGCCCGAAUUGCAAAGCCAUGUGAGUUUAAUGGGUUUUCGUGGAGGGAUUAGUGUGAGCCGUCGGAAUGGGCCUUCGAAUCGGGAGGGCCUAGUUGAAUGACGCUAUUAGGACUACGGUAUUCCCUCGCAUUCACCCGCUGUCCCUAGUUUUGUGUCUGUUCUUUUCUUUCCGGGCGUUCGCUCGUUCGUCGAUAACGGUGAAUCAUCAGCACUCUGCACACUUUCCUCCAUGACCUUUUCGUGUGUGUCCAACUCUCUGUCGGGAGGUUCUUUUGAAAUUAGUGUUGUGAUCGCCCUGAUUACUUAGUUCUGUUUGCCAACGUGGCUAGGGCACCAGCCAACAAUCGUAACAUUUACAGAAAGCACGGCGACAGAGGGUCCCAGCACACUCAUUUGUGCAGCGUUUCUGGAUGUGGAAAGACGUACAAAAAGACGAGUCACUUGAGGGCCCAUCUCAGGUAAUAGAGGAGCAGGAUUGAUGAGUGAUAAAGCAAUUGCGAUUGCAGAAAGCACACUGGAGAGAGGCCAUUCGUGUGUCGUUGGAGGGAGUGCGGAAAGAGAUUCGAUAGAAGCGACCAACUGAUCCGCCACGUGAGAACACACACGAAGGACUGCCGGUGAGGAAAAGAGUACAAGCAUUUCUAGGAGUCGUUUCAGAUUCUCGUGUCAAUUCUGCGCGCGUCAGUUCGCCCGAUCGGAUCACCUCCAGCAACACAUGACUUCCGUGCAUAACAUCAUCGUAGUCGACUAG